AUGAGCGUAACAGAUGCACUGAUUGUGGCUCUUCUUGACCAAGCGUUGAAUUUAGCAAAGGAGAAAGGAGCACCGGCAAAGACAAUAGUAGAAACAUCAGGCACAGGCAUCUAUGACGAGAAAUUCUUUGAAGAGUUUGCUGACGAAUAUGUCGAAUUCACAUAUAAGAACCCAACUAUUUAUCACGUUGUACAAUAUUUCGCAACAAAGUUGGAGGAUGCUGGGUUCAGUUACGUUUCCGAGAAAGAAAGUUGGAGUACAUUGAAACCAGGUAAGUAUUUUACUUACAGAAAUGGUUCAGCAUUGGCUGCUUUCGUUGUUGGUAAAGAUUGGACCCCUGAAAAAGGAAUUGGAAUCAUAGGAUCACACGUGGAUUCCCUUACUGUCACAUUGAAACCGAAUUCUACGAAGCAAAAAGUUGACGGUUACGAUCUAUUGGGUGUGGCUCCAUAUGCUGGCGGUCUUUCCAACUUAUGGUGGGAUAGGGAUUUAGGUAUCGGAGGAAGGUUAUUGGUCAAAGAUGCUGAGAAUGCUAUUAAGCAACAAUUGGUAGAUCUGACACCUCAUCCAAUUGCUCAUGUUCCUACUUUGGCGCCCCACUUUGGAGCUCCGUCUCUCGGCCCUUUUAACCAAGAAACACAGGCAGUACCUGUUGUAGGUUUUUCGACAGCAGAAGAGUCUCCAGCUACCGACGAAGAAAAGAGCUCUCCACUUUAUGGAAAGCAUUCAUUGAAGUUAUUGAGAUAUAUUGCAAAGCUCGCCAACGUCAAAGUUUCCGAUAUUAUUCAAUGGGACUUACAAUUAUAUGAUGUUCAAAAGGGAACCAGAGGCGGCUUAAAUAAGGAAUUCAUCUUUGCACCUAGAGUCGACGAUAGGGUCUGUUCCUUUGCAGCCAUCUUUUCUCUAAUUCAGGCGGCACAAGAUGAUCUACUUGCGUCUGAUUCCUUCUCGAUUGUCGGUUUAUUUGACAAUGAGGAAAUCGGCUCAGCUACGAGACAAGGUAUAAAAGGUGGAUUGAUUGAACUGGUCGUAUCAAGAGUAUUAUUGUCAGAAUCAUUUAAAGAAUAUGCCGCUGCCAGUCAAGAACUGCUUUCGUUGGCCUAUGCCAACACAAUAAUUUUGUCUGCAGAUGUAAAUCAUUUGCUUAAUCCAAACUUCCAGGAAGUAUACUUGGAGCACCAUAAACCAAUCCCCAAUAAAGGAAUAACCAUAGCUUUGGAUCCUAAUGGGCAUAUGGCAACUGAUUCUACUGGUCUAGCCCUAUUAGAACAACUUGCGUCCAUAAAUGAUGAUAAGCUUCAAUAUUUUCAAAUUCGUAAUGAUUCAAGGUCUGGUGGUACAAUAGGACCUUUUAUUUCAUUACAAACAGGAGCCAGAACCAUUGACUUAGGAAUUCCACAGUUAAGUAUGCAUUCAAUUAGGGCAACUGUUGGUGCUAAAGAUGUAGGAUUAGGUAUUAAAUUCUUUAAAGGCUUCUUUGCAAAUUGGAGGAAGACUUAUGAUAAUUACAAGGAUCUUUAG